AUGAUGAUUCGGAUUCCCAAUAAUAUAAACAAAACACAGACCCCGAAACGAGAAGUAUCGCUCUAUCCGUCUUCCCUCUCAAGCCCCGCCCAGUUACCAAACGCCUGGGAGGGGAAUCCACCGGCCCAAGCAGCCGUAGAAAGCGCCGCGGCGUUCGGAGGAAAGGAAGUAGGUUUUACGGCAAGCCGUAAAGUAGGGCUUACGGUGAGCUGUAAAGCACGUUCUUUUCCGGUUCACGACAGCAGCCCAGACCGUCUCUGCCGGCCUGCCUCCGGUAAGCGCCUCUGCCGAUCCUCGCGAAUUCUGUUCUUUCCUCUUUCGGGCCCUUCCCUACUGUCGCCCCCGCCACCUUGGAUCAUGUUCAAGAAAUUUGAUGAAAAAGAAAAUGUGUCCAACUGCAUCCAGUUGAAAACGUCAGUUAUUAAGGGUAUUAAGAACCAGUUGAUAGAACAGUUUCCAGGCAUUGAACCGUGGCUUAAUCAAAUCAUGCCUAAGAAAGAUCCGGUUAAAAUAGUGCGGUGCCACGAACAUAUAGAAAUCCUUACAGUAAACGGAGAGUUACUAUUUUUUCGACAAAGAGAAGGGCCUUUUUAUCCAACUCUAAGGCUACUACACAAAUACCCAUUUAUCCUGCCACGACAGCAAGUUGAUAAAGGAGCCAUCAAAUUUGUGCUCAGUGGAGCAAAUAUCAUGUGUCCAGGCUUAACCUCUCCUGGAGCCAAGCUUUACCCUGCUGCAGUGGAUACGGUUGUUGCAAUCAUGGCAGAAGGAAAGCAGCAUGCCCUGUGUGUUGGAGUUAUGAAGAUGUCUGCGGAAGAUAUUGAGAAAGUGAACAAAGGGAUUGGCAUUGAAAAUAUCCAUUAUUUAAAUGAUGGGCUGUGGCAUAUGAAGACAUAUAAAUGAGCCUCAGAAGGAAAACACUUGAGAUAAAUAUGGACAUUGUACUGUGUCUGUGUUUUUGUCUGUGUGUGACAGCAUGAAGACAAUACUGCUAUGGUUAUGCUGAAUAUAUUCAGCAGAUGCUACAAAAAAAAGUAAAGAUUUGGAACGAG